UUUUGUUCUCUGUAAUUUGUUUCACUAUGUAGUGUUUUUUUCUUUUUAGUCUUCCGGUACAUUCAUUGAGGAUAUUUUGCUCAAUAAUCUGUUAUACGGUGCAGUAGUUUUUUUUUUCCUUUUCAUUUUUGCAUCACUUCAUCGGGCAUCAGGCUCUAUCCAAAGCUUAAGACCUGCACAUCAGCUAAAACGCCGUAUCUUCACUAUCCCGCACCUUCACACAUCAAUCUCUUCUUCAUUCGAAGGAGAGAGAAACAAGGAAUCGCAGACUUGCAGGGGCGAAGGAGAAGACCCUACGCUUUUGUUCUCCUCAAUUCUCUCAUUCUGUAGUUUCUGCUUACAUUUAGUAGACGAUGACGGAGGUGGCGAGCUCGGUGGUGCAAGAAGUGUUGGGAAGACGCGCUGAUGACAUAGACCAGCCUAUCAUCGACUACAUCGUAAAUGUCCUCGCCGACGAAGACUUCGAUUUCGGGGCCGAAGGCGACGGCGUUUACGACGCACUCGGCGAACUCCUUGUAGAUUCUGGCGCCGUUGAUUUAUCAGAGUGUCGCUCUGUGUGUGGCAUAUUAUGUGAUAAAUUUGGGAAGCAGGGGUUAGUGAAGCCCAAACCGACUAUAAGAAGUCUAGCAGCACCGGUGAGGAUGUUCGAUGGGAUGGACGAAGAGGUGGCGCCAAAGAAAAAGGUUGAGGAACUAGAUGGCCCUCUAUUGACUGAGCGUGACAAAUUGAAGAUUGAGAGAAAAAAAAGGAAGGAUGAUCGUCAAAGAGAGGUUCAAUACCUUAAGCAUGUGGAAGAAAUGGAAGCUGUCAGAGCAGGAAUGCCUCUUGUAUGUGUCAGUCAUGGGCAAGACACUGGUGGACCUACUAUCAGGGAUAUCCAUUUAGAUAGCUUUACUGUAUCUGUUGGAGGCCGGGAUCUCAUUGUAGAUGGUGCAGUAACUCUUUCUUUUGGGAGGCACUAUGGACUUAUUGGAAGGAAUGGUACAGGAAAAACUACAUUCCUCAGGCACCUGGCCUUGAAGGCCAUUGAUGGUCUCCCAAGGAAUUGCCAAAUACUACACGUGGAGCAAGAAGUGGCAGGUGAUGACAUAUCAGCCUUACAGUGUGUGCUUGAUUCAGAUAUUGAACGAACCCAGCUUUUGCAAGAAGAAGCUCGCUUAUUAGCACUGCAGAGAGAACAAGAACUUGAGGGUUCAGAUGGUAAAACCAAUGGUACAUUGAAUGGAGAUAUUAUUAAAGAUCCCAACGUGGAAAGGCUGCAAGAGAUAUACAAAAGACUUGAACUCAUUGAUGCUGAUUCCGCUGAGGCACGAGCAGCUUCAAUCCUUGCGGGUCUUAGUUUCUCACCAGAGAUGCAACAUAAGGCAACAAGGACCUUUUCUGGAGGAUGGCGAAUGCGUAUAGCUCUUGCGCGUGCAUUGUUUAUAGAACCUGAUUUGUUACUUCUUGAUGAACCGACAAACCAUCUCGAUCUACAUGCUGUGCUUUGGUUGGAGUCUUACUUACAGAAAUGGCCCAAAACCUUUAUAGUUGUUUCUCAUGCCAGAGAGUUCUUGAACAUGGUUGUCACAGAUAUAAUUUAUCUACACGGGCAGAAAUUGACGACAUACAAAGGAAAUUAUGACACAUUUGAGAGGACACGAGAGGAGCAACUGAAGGUUCAACAGAGAGCAGUUGAGGCUAAUGAAAAAUCCAGGUCACAUAUGCAGGCUUUUAUUGACAAGUUCCGUUACAACGCGAAGCGUGCAUCUCUUGUUCAAUCUAGAAUCAAGGCACUGGACCGCUUGGGUGUUGUGGAUGCUAUUGUUAAUGAUCCUGAUUAUAAAUUUGAAUUUCCCACACCAGAUGACCGACCAGGCCCUCCUAUCAUAAGUUUUAGUGACGCAUCUUUUGCUUAUCCUGGUGGACCGACAUUGUUCAAGAACUUAAAUUUUGGGAUUGACCUGGACAGCCGUGUUGCUAUGGUUGGUCCUAAUGGUAUUGGUAAGUCCACAAUACUCAACUUGAUUGCCGGGGAACUGCAACCAAGCUCAGGAACUGUUUUCCGUUCACCCAAGGUCCGUAUUGCUGUAUUUAGUCAACACCAUGUCGAUGGAUUGGACUUGUCCUCUAAUCCCCUUCUCUAUUUGAUGCGCUGCUUUCCGGGUGUACCUGAACAGAAGUUGCGAGGUCAUUUGGGUUCAUUUGGUAUAACUGGAAAUCUUGCGCUCCAGCCUAUGUACACCUUAUCUGGUGGUCAAAAAAGUAGAGUUGCUUUUGCAAAGAUUACUUUCAAGAAGCCACAUAUGUUGUUGUUGGAUGAGCCGUCAAAUCAUCUUGAUUUGGAUGCUGUUGAAGCACUUAUUCAGGGUCUUGUUAUGUUCCAAGGAGGAAUACUGAUGGUUAGUCACGAUGAACAUCUGAUUUCCAACAGUGUUGAUGAGCUUUGGGCUGUGUCUGAUGGGAUAGUGACUCCUUUCCGUGGAACAUUCCAAGAUUACAAGAAGUUACUGCAUUCAUCUUGAAUCAAGUCGGUCAACAGAACAUGAGUUUUUACUUAGUGGUCAUAGAUUGUCACAAUUAUGAGUUGACAGAAAUGUUUGAAAAAAUUGUAUUUUAGCUAUCAGAACAUGAGUUUUACAUAGUGGGCUUAUAUUACCCCGUCUCCGUAUCUAAAGUUGUGAGAAAUGACGGAAAUGUAUGCAGAUGCAGACAAUAAUGCGAUUUAUGUUGAUGCGGAUAAUUAUAUACGAAGUACUUGUAUUAUUCUUUUUAA